AUGGAGGCUUCGGCGGCUUCGAUGCUGUUCUGCCUGCCCCUCUCGCCACCCGACAUCUCGCCAUCCACACAGACCUCGCAGACUCUGAAGCACAGUUUGCGACAGCGGGCACCGAGUUUGUUUGAUGAGUUUGUCGCGCCAUAUGAUGUUCUCCCGGUGUCUUCAUCUCUUCGACGUGUCGUGGGAGCCGGGCAUCCCCAUCCGGAACUGAGGCGCAUGGCCUGGCUGAUGUUCCUCUUUGUUCUGCUGGACACCUCCAAGGGCUUGCUGGUCUCCUGGUCCGUGGCCCACAGCUGCCUGGCGCUAGUGCCCAUCGCGCUCUGCGCGAAGAACCUUCUGUCCAUCACCUUCGGUCUGGGAAUGGCAGCCUUGCUGGAUGGCAUGCCUGGGGUGAGGCGCUGCCUGGACAUCCGCCGCUCUUUGCGGGUCUUCCCGGUAGCCGCCUGCUUCUGCACGGCGCAGCUCGCAAUGCUUGUGGCAUUCCGAGCCUUCAAUGCCGGCAGCCUGAAGAUCAUGGCACAGGUGAAUCUUCCAACCAUGGCCGUAUUGUCACGGCUAGUUCUGGGCCGUCGAUACACCAGGCAGCAGUGGGCUGCGAUAGCACUGGUCGCAGCCGCCGUGGCCGCUUUCAUGCAAGUACGCCUUCUGUACUACAGGCCGCCCUACUUCUCGCAGGGAGACCAGGCUCCUCUCCGCUUCUUGGGCGUGGCUGGACUCCUGUGUAGCAUUUUUCUUUCCUGUUCCGCUUCAAUUUUGACCGAGAGGUUUCUGAAGCUUGACGCCUCUGAGCGGGCACCGUUUUACAUUCAGAAGACGAACAUCAUGCUCGGAGAGGUUGUGACCUCAUUCAUCUUGACCGCCCUCUACCUGCAGGCCUUAGAAUCCUCCGAAGGAGGAGCUAUGUCAUGCUGCAGCUGGGAGCAGGUGCUCGACAGGCGAAACCUGCUUGUUGUCUUGGUUUGGGCAGUUCAUGGCUGGAUGGCCGGAAUCAUGGUCAAGCAGUGCUCCGCAGUGGUGAAGAACUUGGGGCACAUCCUCUCAGCAGCGGUGAUGUACUUCUUCCCGCUGGCCUUCAUUGCGACCCCCGUGACCAGGGGACCAGUGUCGGCUUGUGCGCUGCUAGUUCUGAUUGCCAUCUUGGUCUGGGCUCUUGCGCCGACCUUUGUGCGAGAGAAGCGCCCGCAGAUGCACCAUGGGGUCCACUUCGAGCCGCAGCCCCCCAAUAGCCAGCUGUCUACACCCUUCCUGCGCAAGGUAGCCUCCUCGACCACAUCUGUCAACGAGUCUGAGUCCACAGACGCCGGAGCAUCCUCGGGCUUCCCUCACAUGGGCCCGGUGGUGACGUCAUUCAUCCUGCUCGAUGCAGCCAAGCCCAUCCUCGUCAGCUGGGCUCACAGCAACAAGGCGCCUGAUCAGGGUUUCAACGGCGUCACGCUGAUCUUGGUACAGACCUCGAUCUCAACUGCAAUAGGACUCUUGGUUGCUGCGAGACCUUCAUUGUCGCCGAGCUUUCAGGUGCAGUUGCACCCGGGUUAUCGAGAGCGCGUGUACCGCUGCCUCGAGCCAAUAGCAGUUGGAAGGCAACUUCCGGUCAGCUUCUGUCUGGUCAUGAGCAAGCUUUGCCUGAUCAUGGCCCUUGAGAAGCUGGAUGCUGGAUCUGUGCGGGUGCUCUGCCAGUCCAGCCUGCCGCUUGUGGGAGUCUGUGGAGCGGUCCUGUUCCGAAGGCGCUACUCAGCCAUGCAGUGGUGCUCACUGGCUGGCGUGACCGUCGCCUUGGGCUGUUUCUAUUACAUCAAGCACGAGGUGAAGCUUGCCAGCUGUGUUGUGGAUGAGCAGGUGGGGUAUUCCUCAAGCUGCACAUCCACGUCGGGCACGGUGUUAGCUCUGUCGAGCAUCGGCUUCAACUGCCUCGGGGCCUUGCUGGCCGAGAAGUUCCUCAAGACGAGGAGUGGCCUUCUGCACGAGCAGAAAGUGCAGCUGGUGUCUGGCGAGGUCCUGUUUAAUGUCUUCCUUCUGUUCAUCAUGCCUUUCUUGUUUAGCGAUCCGGCGAAGCGCUCGUUCAACAACGUGUUCGAGCGGGGGUUCUUUGCUGGCUGGGACGUGCGGGUGCUCAUUUGUGCGCUGGUGUGGAUUCCCUCAGGCUGGACGGCGACCAUGCUCGUUAAAGAAGCCUCGAACGUGCUGAAGGUCGUUGCCCAGGGUGCUGCAUCGAUGCUGACCUAUGCCUUCAGCCUGACGCCGCUCGUGGCAGCAGCUGGAAUGAAGGCCCGCGAGCCGAUCUCACCCCCAGUGGCAGUUCUGGCUCUGAGUGUGCUCUUUGCCGCAUUGACCUUCGGCUUGGACAGCGUCCAUGCCGGUCGGGCCCCGCCCGAUUGCAAACGUGAGGAUCCUCCGAACAAAGCUGUCGGCAGCACCGCUUGCGGUGGCUGA